AUGGAGUUGUUGAAUCAGUCCAAUUACAAUGUAUGGAAGACAUGUAUGGAUUCAUACCUUGUGGGAGAGGAUUUGUGGGAUGUUGUUAAUGGUAGUUACACAAGUCCUCCUAUUGACGGAUCGGAAAAUAGCAGCGCAUACAAGAAGUGGAAGCAAAUUAAUGCGAAGGCGGAGUUUAUCCUGAAGAGGUCCAUCUCUCACAGCUUGUUUGAUCAUAUUAUAAAGUGCAAAUCAGCUCAUGAAAUUUGGAGGACCCUUGAUCAUUUGUUCAAUAAGAAGGAUGAAGCGCGGCUACAGAUCUUGGAGAAUGAAUUGGCUAACACCAUUCAAGCAAUUGCACCUAUUGAAGGAAGUCUUAUAGAACGAACAAACGCUAAAGAAGGGGGUGGGAUCUCCCCUAAAAGAAAGAAUUUACCUCGAGCCUGUCCUACUCAUUCUCCUUUUCCCGUUCCUGACCCUGAAUGUGGAGGGGUUAGCCUUGAUCCAGGUCACGCGCCAUAUUCUAGGAGCCCAAACUAUGUGAUUGAAUAA